UAUUAAUAUUUUAGUUCGUACAUAAAUAAGUUAACAGAGAAAGAUAAAGCAAACUUAGUUUGUUCCCAAACAAUAACAAUGGGUAUCGAUACCACCAUCAUCAUCGGUUUGUUGCCUUUUUUGUUCUUGCUGAUAUCCAUUUUAGGAGGCACUAAUGGUGUUGAUAAUAGAUACGAUUUUCCAUCUGAUUUUAUCUUUGGUUCUGGCACUACUGCUUUUCAGGUGGAAGGGGCAGCCAAGGAAGAUGGAAGGACUCCUAGCAUUUGGGAUACUUUUGUUCAAUCUGGACAACAGACAGGAGACACCGACGUAGGAUGCAAUCAAUAUCAUAAAUACAAGGAAGAUGUGAAGCUUAUGGCAGAUGUGGGACUUGAUGCUUAUAGAUUUUCCAUCUCAUGGUCAAGACUCAUUCCAAAUGGAAGAGGGCCUUUGAACCCAAAAGGCUUGGAGUACUACAACAAUCUCAUCAAUGAGCUACUUCUUCAUGGCAUCCAACCACAUGUGACAUUACACAAUUAUGAUCUUCCACAAGCACUUGAAGAUGAAUAUGAAGGAUGGAUUAGUCCAAAGAUUGUAGAAGAUUUCGGUGCAUAUGCAGAAGUUUGCUUUAGAGAAUUUGGAGAUAGGGUGUUGUAUUGGACAACAGUGAAUGAGCCCAAUGUGUUUGUACUUGGAGGUUAUGAUUUGGGAUUUUUGCCACCAGAAAGAUGUUCAUUUCCAUUUGGGCAAAACAAAAAUUGCUCCAAAGGAAACUCUACAACUGAGCCAUACUUAGCUUUGCAUAAUAUUUUACUAGCACAUGCAUCUGCUGCAAACUUGUACAAAACAAAGUACAAGGACAAACAACAUGGACGUAUAGGAAUCAGCAUCUAUGGAAUUACACUUGCUCCUUCUACCAAUUCAAAAGAAGAUGUACAUGUAGCUCAAAUAGCCGAACAAUUCUUCUAUGAUUGGGUCCUUCAUCCAUUGAUGGUCGGAGACUAUUCUAAUUUGAUGAAGAAAAUAGUAGGCUCAAAACUCCCCAUUUUUACAAAGGAUGAAGCCAACUUAGUGAAAGGCUCUUGUGACUUUAUAGGGAUCACAUAUUACGGAGACAUGUCAUGCAAAUACAUGUCUAACAAUUGGAGCGGAGAAUAUAGAGAUGUCAAUGCUGAUCUACAAGCACAAAUUGGAUUUCUAUCUGCAGCAGAAAAAUCUUUAACGUCAGCUAAGAGCCUGAAAGGAGUGCUCCAGUAUUUAAUGCAAGAGUUUGGCAACCCUCCUGUCAUUAUCUAUGAAAAUGGUUUUGAAACUGAGAGGAAUUCAUCGUUGCAAGAUGUGGCAAGAGUGAAAUACAUGAUGGAACAUAUUCAAGUAGUUUUCGAUGCAUUGAGGAAUGGAUCAAAUAUAAAUGGAUAUUUUACAUGGUCAUUUAUUGAUGUGUUCGAGUUAUUGACGGGUUACAAAACAAAUUAUGGAUUAUUCUACGUAGAUAUGAAUGACCCCAAUCGAAAAAGAUAUCCUAAGCUCUCUGCAAAGUGGUAUUCCAGUUUUUUAAAAGGAAAAGCUUCUACAAGUUUAGAUUUCGAUGCAGAGCUUUUGUUUUAUUCUUAGUUCAAAAAUUAGUGUAAAAGAGAAACUAUUAUACCCAGAUGUAAAAAAAAAAAAAAAAAAAAAAAAAAAAAGACUAAAUCAGCCUAGCUCUUUAAAUAUGUAUGAUUCACCUCAAGGUACCUAACUAACGUUCAAUCGACAACUUUUAUGUAUUAAAGGAAAAUCAUACUUUUGAAAAAGAAAGCAUAAGAUUCAUUAGUGUUACUAUUGAUCGUGAAUCCAAACAAAAUAGUUUUUUUUCUCAA